AUGGUCAGAAAAUGGCGCCAAGAGAUCAGUGCCCAGCAACGUGCACUGGACCGGCAGAAGCGUGGUAUCGAGACCGAGGAGGCCAAGGCGAAGCGGAUGAUCAAGCAGAUGGCCAAGAAGAAUGAUAUCAAGACUUGUAAGAUCCUCGCCAAGGAAUUGGUGCGGUCCAGACGACAGAAGGAUCGGAUUGUGACGAGCAAGGCUCAAUUGAACUCAAUAUCGAUGCAGCUGCAAUAUCAACUCUCCACGUUAAAGAUCGCCGGUACCUUGCAGAAGAGCACAGAGGUGAUGGGCAUGGUUAACAACUUGGUCAAGUUACCAGAAAUCUCUGCACAAAUGCAGGAAAUGUCUAAGGAGAUGAUGAAGGCAGGAAUUAUCGAUGAGAUGGUUCAGGACACAAUGGAGUCCAUGGACGACGAUGAAAUCGAAGAGGAGGCAGAGGAGGAGGUCAACAAUGUCUUGUUCCAGAUCACGGACGGUCUUUUGGGCGAAGCACCACUGGCGGCAGGCAAAUUGCCCACGGAGGCAGAGGCGGAGGAAGAAGAACCAGCACUGGACGAUAUGCAGAGACGUCUGGAGGCACUCAAGAGUUAA